UUAUUAUUUUAAUAACAGGAACCCACUGGAUCUGGGAGGUAACGAGUAUGAUCGUCAAUGGAAAAGCUGAAAGAAUUCCCAGUAUUAAAGAAGAAAAUAUGAUAGACUUCAUGCUUAAAGAUCAACUGGAUUCAAAACCAUCUCCAAGGGUGCUCAACACACACUUACACCCUAACUUUCUGCCUGAAGUAUUACUUAAGAAUAACAAAAUCAUUUUCAUCGCGCGUAACCCUAAGUCUGUGGUAGUUUCCUAUUACAGACAUAUGUGGAGUAUUGACUUAAUUCAGUAUGAUGGGAACUUCCACAGUUUCUUUGAGAUGUUCAUGGACGGAAACGUCCCCACUGGCGAUUAUUUUGAAUACACACGACAGUGGUGGUCAGUAAUCAAAGACAACCCCAAUGUUCUCAUAAUAACAUAUGAAGAGGCUUCGAAGGACCUUGUUAAAAUCGUAUCAUUGAUUGCAAAAUUUCUUGGCAAGAAAAUUGAUGAGCAACUGACUAAAGAUAUUGCAGAUAUGUGCACCUUUGACAGAAUGAAAAACGAGAAACCAUCUUCUAAAGAAAAUGUUUUCAAAAUAGAUUUCAAAGAUAACAAUGGAUUUUUUCGUUCAGGUGAGUAUUCAGUUUCAAGAUAUAGAUAUACGUGUAUGUAUGUGCAUGUGUAUGUACAUGUAUGUGCGUGUGUGUGUUUGUAUGAAUAUAUAUGUGUAUACACGUGUGUAUACACGUGUGUAUGGCAUUUAAUAUCUCUUCAUUCGUCUUUGUUGCUCAAAUAGAUGCCACUGGCCAAU